UUCGUUAUGCACUAUUCUCCUAAGAAGCACUUGUUUUCGUUCUUCCUCCUUUAUAUUGUGAUGACGUUAAACAACAACAAUAGUGGCUUCGUAGCCGCAACAAAUAACAUUGGCUUGAACUACGGUCUCCUCGGAGAUAACCUCCCGUCUCCACCCGAAGUUAUCAACCUUUACAAGUCCAUAGGCAUUACCAAAAUCCGAAUCUUCGACCCCAACACUGAUGUUCUCAACGCCUUACGCGGCCACACCGAUAUUGCCGUCACUGUAGGCGUUAAAGACCAAGACUUGGCUGCUCUUGCAGCCAGCGAAGAAGCUGUUAAAGCCUGGUUCGCGACCAACAUCGAGCCUUACUUAGCCGACGCUAACAUAGCCUUCAUUACCGUCGGUAACGAAGUCAUCCCUGGACCGAUCGGUCCUCAAGUGCUUCCCGUCAUGCAGUCUCUCACCAGCCUCGUCAAGUCAAGGAAUCUUCCGAUCUCGAUAAGCACCGUCGUGGCUAUGUCAAACCUCGGACAAUCAUACCCACCUUCUGCGUCAAUGUUCACGUCCCAAGCGAGUGAACAACUCACACCGGUGCUCAAGUUCUUGUCUCAAACAAACACGCCAAUCCUCGUCAACAUCUACCCUUACUUCCCUUACGCAUCCGACCCAAUGAACAUCCGUCUCGACUAUGCAAUAUUCAACAACGAGGCCGUGGUGUUACAAGAUGGACCAUUGGGAUAUUCAAACAUGUUUGAUGCAAUGUUUGACUCGUUCGUGUGGGCGAUGGAGAAGGAAGGCGUGAGUGAUUUACCGAUGGUGGUGUCUGAGACCGGAUGGCCAUCCGCCGGGAACGGAGACUUGACCACGCCGGAUAUCGCGGCUACUUAUAACGGAAAUUUUGUGAAGCAUGUAGUGAGCGGAAGAGGGACGCCUAAGAGGCCUAACAAUGGUGUCCAAGGGUUUUUAUUCGCAACGUUCAAUGAAAAUCAGAAGCCACCAGGGACUGAACAAAAUUUUGGUUUGUAUAAUCCUAGUGAUAUGCAGCCUAUCUACAAGCUGUUUUGA